AGACAGCAGACGCGAUUUGUAACUGCCGUCUGCUUGAAAUCGAUGCCUGGUGUAGAUGGUAGAAAUGUUAUCGUGGAUUAUGUAGCACUGGUGCUGUUUUAAAUUGUUGGUUCUCAUUUUGUACGGAUGACUUCGGUAUUUUGCUUGAAAGUUGUAUCGUAGGAAACUGUGUGACUUUAUCCAUCUUUUCAUGAAAUUCAAGUUGGAAUGUUCUCGAAGGAGAAACUGACGUUCGUGUUUCCCGUUCUAAACGGCUGAAGAAGUUCGACAGACAGUCUAUAGCCUUUGAAUAAAAGAACGAACUCCUGCGAUGCAGCGUCGACACCACACCUUGCUAGCUACCAACCAUGAUUUUUUGGUCAACGAAAUACCCGUUGAUGAAACCAUAGACGCUAUUCGUAACAAGAACAUUCUUAACUGGCAUGAUUUUGAACAGUUGAAAACACUUAGACAUCAGGGGAGGAAGGCAUUAGCCAGGUACCUGUUGGCCGUGUUACCCCACAGAGGUUCCACGGCGUUCCAGGCGUUUCUAGAAUCCUUGCAGGAAGCAAACGCUCAACACCUGGUUGACCUACUUCUACAGCAAGCUGGCGCUGUCAACUUGGAAGAAUUAUUUCAGUCACCACCCCCGGGCAACAAAACACCCACUGAUACCCCCCUGCCUCUAGGCCCCGACCCACAUGAAUAUGCAGUGCGGUUGAUGCGGAACGCCAAAUUUAUUCGUGAAUUUGUUGACCCCGCGGAGAUUAGUCCCGUACUGACCCAGAACAAGGUCAUCACUGCCAGGGAGGCGGAUAUGGUGGUACACAUCCAUGGGCGGACCAAGAAAUGGGAGUUGAUCCUUGCUGCCUUACUACAAAGGGGCGAGAGGGCCUACCAGGCCUUCAUGGCCGCCUUGCUACAGAAGGGCUACUCCGCCGUGUUCCACGCCAUCCAAGAAACCACCACCGAACUCUCUGGGUCAGACGAUGACGACGACCUAAGUGACGGCGUCGAGGUCAGAGAUGACAUCCUCGACUCAGACGACGAACUGAAAGCGGAAGUGACGCAGUCGGUGAACCGCGGGAGAAUAUCCGAGAACUUGCUACAGGACAACUUAUCGCGGCACGAUUUCAGCCGCGUGGACGAUUCGCUGUGGUCUACGUCUGCUGACCUGAAGCAGCCCGCAGCCGACAUAAAUCAUAUGAGCAACAGGGCACGCUGGGAAGACACGGAGGAUUAUGAUAACAGUGGCGGGAAUGAGUGGGGUAACUGGUCCAGUAACAACAAACAUGACGCUGGUAGGAAAGGACCGAGAAGGAUAAGCAAUGCAGGGAAUCUUAACUCUGUACAGGAGGAGCCAGAUCUCUAGGCUACACUUAGUUUUAUUUUUAAAGUAAUGUUGUGUAUAUAGCAAUCAUUUGUAUAUUUAUUUGAUAAAUACUUAAUAUAGACAAUAUAGUAUAAUCUUGUUUAAAAAUACUGAACAACUUUAAUAUCUUUGUUUUUAGUUAAUUGGCGGAAUGGAUGAUUGCUUUUUUUCAUUGAAUGUUUUAAACUAAAAUAAU